AUGCCCAAAGCUACAACAUCUUCCCGAAACCCGGCUUCACACGCCCCCAAUCGCGUCAGACGGGCUUCUGGCCGCGGGCCACUUCCCUCCCUGUUGCACAGACUCGGACUGUCGCUCCCGGUGCCUCUCAGUGCACCACCAACGUGCAAUCGCGACGGUCACCGGGAUUCGAAGAAAAGACCCAUUGAGGAAGAUCCCAAAGUAAUUCAUAAGGGCUGCUACGAGGUCAUUGGCAGAGCAGACCGUAUCUUGAAUGAAGAGCGACAGCGAUCUUCAGAUACCAUACGACAACUCACCGCGGUCAAGGAGCAGCUCUCUGCUGAGAAGCAACAAGCCAUUGACGACGCUCGCCAACUCAAGUCGGAGAUUCAGCAAGCGAAGCAGGAACUCGAGCUUGCCACCACAAGCUUCCAACACCAGGGGGUGCAGGGCGAUGAGCAGCGGUUUGUGCUAGAGGUUCAUGCCAUGGCUCUGGCCUUGACAAAUAAGCUCUGGAGCAGGACGGAGGCACACCGAAAUGCCUAUAUACCUUCCCAGUUACAAUUUCCCGAUGUCACUCAGACUUCGUGGCCGGACAACGCGGGGCAGCACACCGCGCUGAACAGUCACCCCCUCCCGGCAAAUCAUCUAUCGGGGACCCAAGAUGAGCUGGCACAAUUCAAUACAUACUCGUCGAUAUCCUGA